AUGAGAAAGCGUGACAUAAAGCGUGACAUAAGUCACGGAAUCACGUCACACCGCACAUUGACAAAUUAUGUCGUCGUUGCGGAGAAGUUCUCCCACUACUACGAUCAACUCUAUGUGGUGCUGAUGUCGUCUGCCAAUGCAGUCAACAUACCACCCCCAAACGAUUUUCUUGUGGGCUCGACUGAAGAUCUGCAACUGAACCAAAGCCAAUCUUCCCGCCCAGAAGAGCUCGGUAGUCUUGAAUCUCGCUAUGGAAGCCUCGGCAUACCGUCUCCCCUUCGUCCCGCUCUACGCGGACGAAGUGUUUCGACAACAUCUCGCUUGAUGCCUUCAACACCCAAACAAGAGCAACAGUGGACGGUUUUUGGCCAGCUCAUGGAGAACGAGGGACCGCUUUGGACAAGCGCGUCGGGUGGCAGUCGUCGAAACUACUUUCAGAGUCCGUCUACCACCAGCGUGAACGACUCUUUCAGUGCCCUUCCAUCUUCUCCAGCAAUUGCCUCUUCAUCGCCAAUUGUUGAAGAGUCAUCCCUUGGAGACGUGUUCAUGAACGUAUCGAGCAGGGAAGACAACGAGUAUGAUUCCGAAGACACAGAUUCCACGUUCUCACUCCCCUUUGCUGGCGACCACGAGCGGAAAUCGUGGUUUCAGCGCCUUCCAACCAUUCCCAUUGUCUAUCAAAAUAUAUUAAAAUGCGCCAUCGCAUACCUCAUCGCAUCACUUUUCACCUUCAACCCUUACCUUUCGAGUUUCAUCAGCGACCUUACCACCUACGGAGAUCGAGAGCGCCGUCCCUCACCCAGUGGACACAUGGUGGCGACAAUGCAAGUCGAUUUUGCCGUUUAUUUCAAUCCUGCAAAGUCCAUGGGUGCGAUGGUCGAAGCCGACUUGUUCUGCCUGAUGGGACUAGUGUUCUCUGCAUUACUCUGUCUCUCCUCGAUGACUUUGUUCUGGUGGUUGGAGCGUAAACCGGGCUGGGAGUGGCUUGCUGAUUUCUUGGUUAUUGCGCUAAUUGGUGUUGGAAUGAGUGCCGUUGCGUGGAUGAAAGUUUGGAUGGCGAGCCCCUCAUUCAAUACAGCUUGCAGUAUGACUGCCAUCAUCAUCUUUGUCGUGCUCGUCAAAGAAGGAGGAUUACAAACACUUCUUCAAGUGUCCUUCAUCGUUCUCUGUGGCUCUCUCACUUCCAAUGCCGUCUGCUACGCUAUCUGGCCUCAAUCUGCAACAGAAGCCCUCCAAGGAAAUAUGACUAAAACGCUCGACUCGUUUUCUACGUUGUUGGGACUUUUGACUAAUGCAUUCCUCCUGGAGGAAGGAUUGCAGCAGCCGAGUCACGAACGGUUAAUGAAGGCGGUUUCAAAUCACCAAAGCAGUUUUACUAGUCUCAAGAAGAGUCUGAAAGAGGCACAAAGUGAAUGGGUCAAUGGCAGCGCGACUCGCACCAGUGCCUACGAGGACGCCGUUGACAGCAUGAACCGACUUGCGCAGCAUCUAAAUGGAUUAAGGGGUGGCACGAGGCUACAGUACGACCUAGCAAAAGCGGGGGUCAUCGGAAAAAUCAAGCAAAGUAAUGGUAAACAAAAGGCUCGAAUGGAAGAUGACGAAUCUGUGAUGCUCGAAGCUGCGGCCGAGAUGUUUGGUGAACUUGUUGAAGAUGUCGGACCCCCAUUGAAAGCUCUGUCGACAACUUGUACUUCUACUCUUAAACGAAUGCGGGAGUCUUUCGUGCUGUCGCAACGUCCUAGCCGCCGCAAGAUCUUACAUCAGAAUGAGUUUCUCGAACUUGUUGACGGGAUUGAACGUGCGCUUGCUCAGUUCGAGACAACUUCAAAUCAUGCUGUUUUGAGACUAUAUCGGCGCAGCGCCGCUUCCGAUCUACCACCCGACUUGCGGGAGAGCGUGUAUUCUGAAGACACACAAGUCCUCAGUGGGUCGGAGAACGAGCACGUAUUUUUGGUCUACUUUUUCAUCUUCACGCUGCAGGAAUUUGCAGGCGAACUAGUUUCUCUUGUGGAUGCUAUGAAGAGGAUAUAUAGCCUUGAACAAGCUCAGGUCAAUCGGGCAAAGUGGUGGGAGAGGCUUCAUUGCUGUUUCCGUUCUGGUGCUCCGCGCAGAAAGAGGCAUGCCAAUGGAAAUGUGACCCCACCAUCUGGCACAAGUACCCCUCGGCCCCUGCGCAAACCGACCAGAUCUCUACAGGGAAAUGGGCUCCGUAAAAAGUUUUCCCAGUAUAUCUCUCCUGCGCAACGUCGAACACAUCCAAUGUUCCCUAAGGUCAAGCCACAUGCACCGAAUACGAUACAAACGCCUGCUUGGGAGCGGCUCUCCUGGCUGGGACGUAUCAAGCAACGCGUUUGGGCGAUUGGAACACGAUUGACGGAAAACGACACCAAGUAUGCUAUCAAAGCGGGAAUGGCAACUGCUAUAUUGGCUUCCCCCGCUUUUUUCGACGCUACUCGGCAUAUUUUUGUGGACUUCUGGGGCGAUUGGGCACUCAUUUCGUUCUUUAUCGUCAUCUCCCCAACAAUCGGUGCCACAAACUACCUAAGCUUACAUCGAAUUCUUGGAACAUUUUUUGGGGCCGUUGUCGCCGCCGCUGUAUACAGCCAGUUCCCAGAUGAUGCAGUUCUUCUGACCGUAUUCGGGUUCUUUUUCUCGAUUCCGUGCUUCUAUUAUAUCGUCGCCAAACCGCAAUAUGUUUCAGCUGCGCGAUUCGUUCUCUUAACCUACAACCUUACUUGUCUCUACUGCUACAAUCUUCGACAGAGAGAAGUCUCCCCCUGGGACGUUGCUGUGAACCGUGCUUUAUCGGUGACCAUCGGAGUUGUAGCAGCAGCGUUUGUCUCGAGAUUUUGGUGGCCUGCAGAGGCGCGCAAGGAGUUGACCAAAGCUUUGGGAGAAUUUUGCUUGAACAUCGGAUGGCUUUACACGAGACUUGUGGCAGCCAAUUCGUUCGCCCCUAUCAUUGAGGAUGACGACGAAGUUGUGGACACUGAGAUGACUGCGUUGUCCCCUGCUCAUGAUCGGUUGUCGCAUUCUAUCAAAGAUUUCAUGGCCAUGGAGCUUCACCUACAAAUCAAGCUGAUUGAGCUGCAGGGACUACUUGCUCAAACGCAGAAUGAGCCCCGUUUGAAGGGCCCGUUUCCGGUUCAACUUUACCGAGGUAUCCUCACCAGUCUCCAAACAAUUCUCGAUCGGCUUCAUAGCAUGCGUUGUGUAACAACUCGAGAAGAGUGGUAUACUUCUGUUCGCCAGGACUUCAUUGUGCCCGUAAACAAGGAGCGGCGUGAGAUGGUGGGCAACAUUAUUCUUGGAUUUUCGACGCUAGCCUCCGCUUUCCGACUCAAAGCCCCACUGCCGCCAUAUCUGCCGCCAGCAGAAGCUGCGCGACAACGGCUGGUUGCCGCGAUUAGGAAGCUGGAUGUUGUGCGGAAUCGCGAGGUCAAGGGCUCCCGACAGUUGUUGUUUUUCGCGUACGCAUUGACGAUGAAGGGGGUAACAGUGGAGCUGGAGAACUUGGGGCGGACAUUGCAGGGUGCAUUUGGUGUGAUAGGACAGUCCCCAGAAGAAUUCGAGGCAUUGUUUUUGGACCCUCAUAGCGAAGAUAGAGAGCGAGUUGACCACACUGUAUAA